GGGAAGAGAAGGGAGACGAAGCUCUCAAAUCUGGAGGCUGAACUUAGAAGCUGAUAAACCCUCGAUUACGAUCUCAACGAUCGAGUCAAUUGGCCAUGAUUUGGAGGAGCUUAGCUUCGACUUCCUCAAUGCUGCUAGCUAAAUCCACGGCGUUGGCGAACGGAAGAACGGCGGCGAGGGAUUUUCGUCGCGCUUACAGCUUGAUUCCGAUGGUGAUAGAACACACAUCCAGGGGAGAAAGAGCAUACGAUAUCUUCUCUCGUCUUCUUAAGGAGCGUAUAAUUUGCAUCAAUGGCCCUAUUUCAGAUGAUACUGCUCAUGUCGUCGUUGCUCAGCUCCUUUUUCUCGAGUCGGAGAACCCCUCGAAGCCCAUCAACAUGUACCUCAAUUCCCCCGGCGGCGCCGUCACUGCCGGGCUAGCUAUAUAUGAUACUAUGCAGUAUAUAAGGUCGCCCAUCAAUACCAUCUGUUUGGGUCAGGCUGCUUCAAUGGCUUCUCUUCUUCUAGCUGCUGGUGCCAAGGGUGAGAGACGAUCGCUUCCUAAUGCAACUAUCAUGAUUCACCAGCCUUCUGGUGGAUACAGUGGGCAAGCAAAGGACAUAACGAUUCACACGAAACAGAUUGUUCGGGUUUGGGAUGCACUUAACGAGCUGUACUCCAAGCAUACGUCACAACCAGUAGAUACUAUCAAAGAGUAUAUGGAUAGGGAUUAUUUCAUGACCCCAGGAGAGGCCAAAGAGUUUGGCAUUAUUGACGAGGUAAUGGAUCAAAGGCCAAUAGCUCUGGUGACUGAUGCAGUUGGUACUCAAGGCCAGGAUAAAGGUUCAAAUUAAGAAUGCGAGGUAGGAUUUUGACGCGAAAGCGUGGCAUUUCAAAGUUCCAUACUGACUUUUGUUAGAAUUCUCUAAAAGCUGAUCAUAUCUACCUAGAUGUGAUGGAAUUGAUUGUUUUUUUCUUCGCUAAAUGUGAUUUAGCUGUUUGGAUCAGUAUUGUUAUUAGCAUUUCAAAGAGAAAAGCUUGAAAUUUAAUAGAAUUUCAAAUUUUGCUCGUAUGACAACAAAUGUCUUUACUUUA